AUGAUAGCCUCUUUCCUCCAGUCUCUCAGUGAUAGUCUCGAUAUCCCCGGGUUCAACUACAAGAAGUUAAUCUUGGGGUUCACUUUCGCCCAAUGGGCGUUUGAAACCGUGUUAACUUUCCGUCAAAACAAAGUCUUGGGCAAGCCUAAUCCCCCAGAAACUUUGAAGUUUGACAUUGAUGCCAAAACUUUCAAGAAAUCCCAAACCUAUUCCAAAGCCAAAGCCAAGUUCUCGAUCUUCACCAACGCCUACUCUUUACUCCAAAACUUUUUGUUCAUCCAAUACGACGUCUUGCCAUUAGUGUGGCAAAAGGCCGGGACGGCCUUGAAAUUCGUGGCUCCUUACUUGCCAAAGUUCUUGGGGCUCACCAUGAUGGGUGAAAUCUCCCAAUCGAUGUUUUUCAUUUUGUUUUUGCAAUUGAUCAGUCUUGCCACCAAUUUCCCGAUCGAGUGUUACCAACACUUUGUUUUGGAAGAGAAGUUCGGAUUUAACAAGUUGACAUUCAAACUAUUCCUCUUGGAUACCAUCAAGAUGUUACUUCUUAGUAUUGCCUUUGGCGGACCAUUGAUUGCCGGGUUUUUGAAAAUCGUGUUGUAUUUUGGUGAUAACUUUGCCCUUUAUGCUUGGGGGAUGACUUUUGCGUUCCAAUUGGUCCUUCAAACCAUUUUCCCUACCGUGAUCCAACCGUUGUUCAACAAAGUCGAACCAUUGGAAAAGGGGGAAUUAAGAACUUCGAUCGAGGAAUUGGCCAAGAAAAACCGCUUCCCAUUGACCCAAUUGUUCGUGAUCGAUGGAUCGAAAAGAUCCACCCAUUCUAACGCGUACUUUAUGGGGCUUCCAUGGUCUAAACAAAUUGUCUUGUACGAUACUUUGAUCAAAUCCGCCACUAUCGAAGAAACCACCGCGGUGUUGGCCCACGAAAUCGGUCACUGGGCUUUAUCUCACAAUUUGAAAAUGAUGAUUAUUUCCAACAUGUACAUCAUUUCAGUGUUCUCGAUGUUUUCGCUCUUCAUCCAUAACAAUUCUCUCUUCAACUCCUUUGGUUUCUACGGGUAUAAACCAGUGUUGGCAGGGUUCUGGAUGUUCAAUUACAUUUUAUCGCCAUUCGAUUGCGUGUUUACUUUCUUCAACCACAUCAUGUCGAGAAAACAUGAAUACGAAGCCGACAAUUAUGCCGUCAAGCAAGGUUAUAGCCAAGAAUUGUCUAGAUCUUUGAUCAAAUUGCAAAUUGAAAACUUGAGUGCCAUGGAUGCCGACUGGUUAUACAGUGCUUACCAUUACUCACACCCAAUCUUGUCUGAAAGAUUGAAGGCCAUUGGUUACGUUGCCGAAAAGAAAGUUGUUCAAGAAAAAGAGGAGAAAAAUGAGUAA